AAUAUAAAUAGUAUAUGAGUACAGAUAACACCCCAAAACUACUUAAGUAGUACUUGAAAGUAUUUUUACUUAAGUAUUUACAGCACUGUAGGUACUAGAUUGCCUUAUAAACCAAUCCCCUCCCUUGCUUGCUGUGCAAGGGCACAGCCAGUGGGGCUUUGUGAGAGCAGACACACUUCUAUUGUGUGUCAGGGCUCAGCAGACGGCAUGCAGAAGUGUGGGAAGCCGUGUGUCCCUUUGGCUCCCAGCUCCAGGAAAAGGAGGGCGUGUGACUGGGGCAAGUUCAGCGUAAUGCAGGGAGCCAGCUGUGCUGUGGAGCUCAGAGGAGGGACGUUUGCUGCCUGGGGCUUCUAUGAAACGUGAGCCUGUAUACAGACAGAAGAUCAUCAUCGCCUCAGAGUUGCUGCACUUAGAUGGAGUCACAUUAGCUCGGAGGUAAUCUGCUAGAGACAGAUCGGUGUGAAAUGACUCCAAUCUGAUUGAUACUAUUUCUCAAAGACUGUCAGCAAAAACUUGAACAAAAAUGAAAUACAAUUUCAGUAGCCAACAAGCAUUUUAUAUAAUGUGCUGUAUUCCGAAAACAUUUUAGAGACUUGUCAGUCUCACACGUGUAAGUUGUAAUAAUGAGGAGUGUGCUCUGUCAGUGUCAUUGAUCCCAACAACAGGCUGCAGAUCUAGAGGUCACCACUUUCCCAGAUUCACACAGCGCUCUGUCAGUCACUCUCCAUCACCCCACCCCUCCACCUAGUCUCCUGAGACGUGACCAUUGUCCCCCAGCAAUAAGAACACUGAGCAUGUGGCAGCUCCACACUCCCCACUGUCCUCCCAAGCUCUCCCAUUGGCUACAGACUGUGAGAAACUCCAACAAGCCCAAGACCCACACAUUCAUAUGUAGAUUUGGGACAAUAUAUAGGAGAGAUGAAGCCAGUAGAGAUCAGAUUCUCUCUACAAAGACCUCUACAGCACAGAGAUCCAGCUAUGGUACCUACAAUCACUUCAACUAUGAUCUACUCUAAGGAGCACCUGACUCUGACAAACAAGCUAAGAAAGCCAGUGGUGGAGAAGUUACGCAGAGAUCGUAUCAACAACAGCAUUGAGCAGCUCAAAUCUCUCCUGGUUCCAGAGAUCCUCAACCAGCAGUCCGACUCUAAGCUGGACAAAGCCGACAUCCUGGAGAUGACAGUUUGCUUCCUGAGACGACAGCAACAGAACCAGCCAGUGAGCUCCUCCUCCUGCUCAGCACCUGUCAAUCAGGGUUACUCCAGGUGUGUCCAAGAGAUUGUUCACUUCCUUUCUAAAGAUGAGCAGAAGUCACAGUCCCAGAGAAGACUGCUGCGACACUUCCAGAGCCUGCAGCCAUCCUCUGAUAAGAACAGGAGGGAGAUUGACGGUCCUCAAUUGAGCUCCCUAGCCCAGCACAGCAUCAGCAAAGAGAAGAAUCCAGUCAACAUCGCCCCCUGGAGGCCCUGGUAAAGACCUACAGAUUGGAGCUCCACUCAGACAAACACAACGGAUGGACCAUGUUGGUCUAAGAUUAAUUUCAUGGACAGUAAUGAGUAUAAUAAAAUAUAUUCUUCAUCUUCUGCUUAUGCAGGAGUUUUUUAAGUCUUGCUGUGAGACGUUUAAUUAAAGUUGUACUGAACAAGUUAACGUUCUCUGAGAAAAUGAUCAAAUCGAUAAUUGAAAUAAGUUCAUGUUUUGUGAAAC